CGCCGGCAGGAGGAGGUUGUCUUGCCGGGAGGGUGGGGAGAAGUUCACAAGAGCGCGGCAGUGCCGGCUCCGCCUUCCUUUGGUCGGUGUGAGGCCUGGAGUCUCCUCCUCCUCCUUCCUCCUCCCUGCCCGGCCGGCCUCUCUCUCUCUUUGGUAGCCAUGGCGGCGGCAGCGGAGCAGGAACAGCAGCAAUUCUACCUUCUUCUAGGCAACCUGCUCAGCCCGGACAAUGUCGUCCGGAAACAGGCCGAGGAAACAUAUGAGAACAUACCGGGUCAGUCUAAAAUUACAUUCCUUCUGCAAGCUGUCAGAAAUACUACUGUUGCUGAAGAGGCUAGACAAAUGGCUGCUGUGCUUCUACGUAGACUUUUGUCAGCUUCUUUUGAGGAAGUUUAUCCAACAUUACCCCCUGAAGUUCAGUCUGCCAUCAAAAGUGAAUUGCUCUUGAUUAUUCAGUUGGAAACACAAUCUAGCAUGAGGAGAAAAAUCUGUGAUAUCGUAGCUGAACUGGCCAGGAAUCUAAUAGAUGAGGAUGGCAAUAACCAAUGGCCAGAAGGCUUGAAGUUCUUGUUUGACUCGGUCAGCUCUCAAAAUGUGGGCCUGCGUGAAGCUGCACUACACAUCUUCUGGAACUUUCCUGGAAUUUUUGGAAAUCAACAGCAGCAUUAUUUGGAGGUCAUCAAACGGAUGUUGGUACAAUGUAUGCAGGAUCAAGAGAAUCCAACGAUCAAGACACUGUCAGCUAGGGCUGCAGCUGCAUUUGUUCUUGCUAAUGAGCAAAAUCUUCCCCUUCUUAAACAUUUUGCAGACUUGCUCCCUGGAAUCUUGCAGGCAGUAAAUGACUCCUGUUACCAAAAUGAUGAUUCAGUACUAAAGUCUCUUGUAGAGAUUGCAGACACGGUUCCAAAGUAUUUACGCCCACACUUAGAGCCUACAUUACAACUAAGUUUGAAGUUGUGUGCAGACACUAGUCUCAGUAACAUGCAACGUCAGCUGGCCCUUGAAGUAAUAGUUACAUUGUCAGAGACUGCUGCUGCUAUGCUGAGAAGGCAUAUCAAUAUUGUUGCACAAGCUAUUCCUCAGAUGUUAACGAUGAUGGUUGACCUAGAAGAAGAUGAAGAUUGGGCAAAUUCUGAUGAGUUGGAAGAUGAUGACUUUGACAGCAAUGCAGUUGCUGGUGAGAGUGCAUUGGACAGAAUGGCAUGUGGCCUUGGUGGAAAACUGGUUCUGCCUAUGAUAAAAGAACAUAUUAUGCAAAUGCUUCAGAAUCCUGACUGGAAGUGUAGACAUGCUGGCUUGAUGGCUCUGUCAGCUAUCGGUGAAGGCUGUCACCAACAGAUGGAGGGGAUUCUGAACGAAAUAGUUAACUUGGUUUUGCUUUUUCUUCAGGAUCCUCACCCAAGAGUAAGAUACGCUGCUUGUAAUGCAAUUGGUCAGAUGGCUACAGACUUUGCACCAGGCUUCCAGAAAAAAUUCCACGAGAAGGUAAUUGCAGCUCUUCUACAGACCAUGGAAGACCAAGGCAACCAGCGUGUUCAGGCUCAUGCAGCUGCUGCUCUGAUCAACUUUACUGAAGACUGUCCCAAAUCAUUGCUUAUUCCUUACUUAGAUAACUUAGUGAAGCAUCUUCAUUCCACUAUGGUAUUAAAAUUGCAGGAGCUGAUAGAAAAAGGCACUAAGCUGGUUUUGGAACAGGUGGUUACAUCAAUUGCAUCAGUUGCUGAUACAGCAGAAGAAAAGUUUGUUCCAUACUAUGACUUAUUUAUGCCAUCUCUUAAACACAUUGUUGAGAAUGCUGUGCAGAAGGAACUUAGACUCUUAAGAGGAAAAACCAUAGAAUGUAUCAGCUUAAUUGGCCUUGCAGUAGGUAAAGAGAAGUUCAUGCAGGAUGCAUCAGAUGUGAUGCAGCUCUUGCUGAAAACACAGACUGACUUCAAUGACUUGGAAGAUGAUGACCCUCAGAUAUCGUAUAUGAUUUCUGCAUGGGCUAGAAUGUGCAAGAUCCUUGGAAAGGAAUUCCAGCAAUACCUUCCUGUUGUGAUGGGUCCUUUAAUGAAAACUGCAUCAAUUAAGCCUGAAGUGGCCCUCCUUGACACACAAGAUAUGGAGAAUAUGAGUGAUGAUGAUGGCUGGGAAUUUGUAAAUCUCGGUGACCAGCAGAGUUUUGGUAUUAAGACUGCAGGCCUUGAAGAAAAAGCAACUGCAUGCCAGAUGUUGGUUUGCUAUGCCAAAGAGCUGAAGGAAGGAUUUGUGGAGUACACAGAGCAAGUUGUAAAACUGAUGGUUCCUUUGUUGAAAUUCUAUUUCCAUGAUGGUGUUCGUGUGGCAGCUGCAGAAUCAAUGCCUUUGCUCCUGGAAUGUGCAAGAGUUCGCGGCCCAGAAUACCUCACUCAGAUGUGGCAUUUUAUGUGUGACGCCCUUAUCAAAGCCAUAGGAACAGAACCUGAUUCAGAUGUACUGUCAGAAAUCAUGCAUUCUUUUGCCAAGUGUAUUGAAGUAAUGGGAGAUGGAUGCCUUAACAAUGAACACUUUGAAGAGCUUGGGGGAAUAUUGAAAGGAAAACUAGAAGAGCACUUUAAGAAUCAAGAAUUAAGGCAAGUGAAAAGGCAAGAUGAAGACUAUGAUGAGCAAGUUGAGGAGUCAUUGCAAGAUGAACAUGACAGCGAUGUCUACAUUCUGACUAAAGUAUCAGAUAUUUUGCACUCAAUAUUCAGCAGCUACAAGGCAAAGGUGUUACCAUGGUUUGAACAGCUGCUGCCACAAAUUGUCAACUUAAUUUGUCCGCAUAGGCCAUGGCCAGACAGGCAGUGGGGUUUAUGCAUUUUUGAUGAUGUCAUAGAACACUGCAGCCCAACCUCAUUCAAAUAUGCAGAAUACUUCUUGAGACCAAUGCUACAGUCAGUAUGUGACAACAGCCCAGAAGUUAGACAAGCUGCUGCUUAUGGUAUUGGAGUUAUGGCACAAUUUGGUGGGGACAAUUAUCGGCCUUUCUGCACAGAGGCGCUUCCAUUGCUGGUGAGAGUUAUUCAAUCAACAGAUGCCAAAACCAAAGAGAAUGUCAAUGCAACAGAAAACUGCAUUUCAGCAGUUGGGAAGAUCAUGAAGUUUAAGCCUGACUGUAUAAAUGUUGAAGAAGUACUGCCUCAUUGGUUAUCGUGGCUUCCUCUGCAUGAAGACAAAGAAGAAGCUGUUCAUACUUUCAAUUAUUUGUGUGACCUAAUAGAGAGUAAUAAUCCCAUUGUCCUGGGCCCCAACAAUUCUAAUCUGCCCAAAAUAUUCAGUAUAAUUGCGGAUGGUGAAAUUAAUGAAGCAAUCAAGCAUGGAGAUCCAUGCACCAAACGACUGGCUAACGUAGUUCGGCAAGUGCAGACGUCUGGAGGUUUGUGGACAGAAUGCAUAUCUCAGCUCAAUGCAGACCAGCAGGCAGCCAUACAGGAGCUCCUGAACGCUGCGUAAAGGGCCUUAAUUAUCAUCCACAAGAAAACUCCAAAUAAACAUUUACCCUUCGG